ACAGACUCCCUGGAGCCUGAGUCUGAGCGCAGGCGGGAUCUUCUGCUCUGAACUUGGAUUCAGGACCUGGAUUUAUCUGAGAAAUUCACAAGGGCUGUGGGUGUGGAUCACCUUGUUCCCAACACCCUUGGAUGUCUAUCUGACCUCACUGUGGUCACCAUGGCGGUACCGCUCAGCCCAGAUCUGGGGGCUGAAAUGGAUGUGGGAGAAUUCGAAGAGGAUAUGAGCUCUCGCAUGGGAGAGCAUGAGCUGCGAUUUGAAGACUGUAGAUCAGGUUCUGUUAGACCUGGAGCAGCUCUCGGCUCCCUGAACAACAAGGAGCUGAAACGUGGGGCCAUGAGGUCCAGAGAUGACGUUGACUCUCUGCUGGGGGAGAGGCUGCACCCCGAGGAGCGGGAGCUGCCUGCACAGCUGCCCCUGGCCGAGCAGCUGAGAGAUUCCAGAGGUGGAGGAGGAUGGAAAAGAACCAUCAAUGGCCUCCAGCAGUGUGACUGGAGAUGACCUGCAACACGAGGAAGCAGAACGUGUCCUCCAGGCCUCCCAGGGUGAAGACCACAAGGAUUCCUUUGGUGUCUGUGAGGCUGGUGACACCCAGCAGCCUCUCGGUACCACUGCUGCCCUGAUAGAUGGGGUUGAGGACCCUUCUGCAGAGGGCCCUGAAGAUCAAACUCACUCUGCGGAGGACACCCUGGAGCCAGCAGCCCCAAGGUUUAUCGUUGAAGAGCUGAACUUCAAUUCAAAGCCUGUAGAGCAGUUUCAGAAGUGGAGAUCCAUCCUGUUCGACCUGCGCCAGACUCUGAAGGACCUGCUGACCCAGGGUGGACCUGCGAGUCACCUGGAGCAGAGCCACCCAAAGCACCGUGCAGAGUGGGGCAAGCGGGUCCAGAACCUCGGCCUCCAGCUCGGGCCAGGGCACCACUCUGAUGGAGAAGUGGAGGAGGAUAUGGACUCCAGUGUUGAGCUGCGUGAGGAGGAAGUGGAUGUCUUAUCGGAGUCAGUGGCGGAACUGUCCUUCCUUGGUUCUGGGCCGGCCUUUCCACCAUCUCCACAGGAACAUCACCUGAACACCGCCGCCCCUGUGGAUGAUCCUGAAGCGAGCCCUAUAGGCCAGGAAACCAAAGCUGAAGACACUGGGAGAGCACAGGAGCAGAAGGCAAGCAAAGUGCUCGGAUUUGCAAUGGAGCUUCAGGCCCAAAUGUGGACACACUUACGGACAACGUUCCACAAAUGGAGGGACACCAUCCUCUUCCUCCGCUGCAGCAUUAGGGGCCUGCUGUCCCAGAAGGACCCUGUGAGAUGUGAGGGGCAGAGCCACCAGUUCCAUGAGGAGUGGCGCAUGGCGGCCAAGCGCCUCGCCCUCCAACUCUGCCCAGCUCCCUGCCUGGCAGCCUGUCCCCAAGGGCUUCCCAGAGGACCCUUCAGCCACCAGCAGUCCAAGGAGCCCAGGGGCUCGUGCAUCCCUGGGAAGCUCUGUGUGGGAGCCCAGCUGGGUCAGCGCCCUGAGCAUGGAUCUGACACAGCGGCCGUGAGCCUUUCCCCCUCCGCCCCCCGCAUGGUCGCAGCCCACAGCGAUGCUGGAAAGCCGUGGCUGCUCUCGCCAGAGCUGAAUGUGGAGGUAUCACGUGGAAGGAAGAUUCCUCCCAAGGCAGAGGGUGAAGCGAUUUUAGAGGCAAAUGACACCACACUUGGGACUCAGUCCAUUGGCCCCUCUGAGCCCGUGGCCGCCCUGAAGCAGACUAUGAGCCACGGUUCUGGCAGCGGAGCAUGGCCUGCAGACGCCCCUGCUCUCAGGCUUUUGGUGCAGAGGGCCCUCCUGCUCCAGCCAAGAAAGAUGCUGCUCAUUUAAGGUGAUUGAGCACCAAGGCAACCUCCUGUGCUCUUCCAUGACAUCGAGACAAUAAAUACCAUCAGAACCCAAGAGCCCUCCUGGGUGAGAACUGCAUUCACAACCGGCAGCAGGACCUGAUGUUUGUUUGUUACUUUGUUGUAUUAUUUUGCACAUAUUUAUUUAUUUUAUUUUAAAGUUAAAAUAAAAUUUCAA